AUGAAAUUGAGUUGCAAUGGUUGUCGUGCUCUUCGCAAAGGUUGUAGUGAAGACUGCAUCAUCAAGCCUUGCCUUGAGUGGAUCAAUUCCCCUGAAUCUCAAGGCAAUGCCACUCUUUUCCUUGCCAAAUUCUUUGGCCGAACCGGCUUGCUCAACCUCCUCGCUAAUAGUUCUAAUCAAAACGCAUCAGCUGUUUUUAGAUCACUAUUGUACGAGGCUUCAGGUAGAUUGGUGAAUCCAACAUAUGGAGCACUUGGUUUAUUAUGGACAGGAGAAUGGAGCCGAUGUGAAGCUGCAGUUGAAGCUGUGCUAACUGGCUCCGACAUUAACAAAGUUAUAGAUGUUGAUGAAAAAACAUCAUUGACUACACUCACGAAAGAAAAUCAUGUUCUUCCAGUUCCAACAACCUACGACAUACGCCAUGCAGCAAAAGGCACAAAUAUGGACAUCAAAGAGAAAACUCAAUUUAAGAGAAUUGGACAAAUUUUCAAACCCAAGCCACGAAGUGGUUCUGUCAACUCAGGAACACUUUUGAAUUCGUUCUUAGAAAAUACUAUGAACGCUUCAUCGAUGAAUCAGCUUGAGCCGAAUGAAGCAGAUCAGGUGAACUUAGAGCUCAGUCUCGGUUUCAAUACCAAAUCAACUCAAACAAAGGGAAAAAAUUAA